CCCAUAAUUCUUUUGAAGAAAAUUCCCCUUCUGCAUUACAACCUCAUCGUAAAGUCGAGACUUUUUCUUUAAUCAAACUUGAAGGCGUUUACCAACUACCUUGGAGUAGCAAAUGAAAAAUGAAAAAAAUGCUUUCGUGACAUUCGAAUCUCGGUCGGUCGAGCCAUUUGAGCUUUUCCAUUUCGUCCUUUUGAAAUUCAAUUCCAACGAUUCCGUGAAGUGCAACUGGCUUCGUAUCCAUACAACAAACAUGUGUUCAUUCAUAUGGAUCGUGGGACUCUUCUUGGUGGGCUCAACUUAUGGAGUGGAGGUCACCAAAUUGGAGCUCCGACAAAACCGUACUCCCGUGGAAUACUUGGAUAUUACGGGUCCAGAUCCCAUAUUGCAUUUGAUGUACUUUGAGUACAUCCUCGAUGAAGACGAAGUCGUUUGGAAAGUUGAAUUCGAGAAAGACGAGGAGCCCCUCUAUGUCCAUGAGCAGACGGUGCCAACUGGGGCCAUAGGCGCUGUGCUUGGAAACUUUAGCAUCCGAGAGAUUGACAUGCCCGCCAUUGGGCCAGACCAUGGCUUCCUUCGCUUAGUCCGACCCAAUGCCAAAAUGGAGGGUCUCUACACGGUCACUGUUCGGACCAAAGCUAACCUCACCUUCCCGGAGUUUGGGAACGAAACCUUGAAUCGAUAUCGCACUCAUGUCCGGGCUUUCAGUAAUUGUACUCAGAUGCUAUUCGACGGCCCAUUUCUCAACAUGGACACGUGUAACGUGGGCAUUCAUUUCUACUGCCAACAUCCAAUCUAUCCACUCCAAUCCGUGACCCAGCAUAAGAUCCAAUGGACGUCCCACGAUGAUCCGAGUUUUAGUCAAGAGGACAACCUCAACAUCCUCGAGUUCGAGACCAUGCCAGAUGGGCGAAUGGAGUUCGACUUGAAUGCUGAAUAUCACGUCUCCGAAGACUCGCCCGCGUCCGUGGAUAUGCAUUUCAUGUUUAGUCAGUUUGACAACGUUCCCAUCAUCCAUCACGAGGAGACUUUCAAUACCAACAUCAGUGGAUGUCGAUUCAAAGACCAAGCGUCAGGGGUGCCAAAUUUGAGUACUACUCCUGCAACACUCUUGACAAACUCGUUCUGCUUUUAUUUAAUGGUGGUAGGGAGACUCGGAUAAUUGGCUUAAUUUUCCAUAGAAAUACAAUUCAAUGCUGGCCUUGAGAAACCUUGUGCCGGAGAACCGAA